CUAUUUUCGAGCACAAAGUUGUAUAAAAACUGAAAUCGUUAACCAUGUUCUGUUCGUUUCUGUGACAGAGAUAUUUUUGUGAGACAACUCCCUCCGAGGAGGUCGAAUUAACAAGAUGGCCGCCAAAAGUGUCAAACCCACGUGUAGUUGUAAAGCGACGGAAAAACCAGUCGACCUUGGGUUUGUUGAAGAAGCAGAAUCGGCUGAAAGCCUUUUAAGCUAUAGGUUUCCGAGUAAAGUCGGCGGCCGACCCGCAUGGUUGGCCUUAGACAAUAUUCCCGGGGUGGAAAGCGUCAGUUGUCGUUCAUGUGGAAAAUCAUGUGUAUUGUUGUUGCAAGUGUACUGUCCAGACGAUAACUCGACGAACUGUUUUCACAGAAGCGUAUUUGUGUUCGUUUGUCGGGAGUCCAAGUGUUAUCAAACAGAUUCCACAAGCUAUUUCCGUGUGUUCAGAUCACAGCUUCCCAGAAAUAACCUGUUUUAUAGCGAUCAACCGCCUGUCGUUCAGAUAGCAUCUGGAGAGUGGAAAGAGACAGAUGGAGAAUUUCCGAAAAGGUCGGCAGCUGACUUCAACAAGCUCUGUAUUAUUUGUGGAGGACUUGGCCCCAAAGCGUGUGCAAAGUGUAAGGUGGCUUCUUACUGCAGCAAAGAGCAUCAAAAACUAGACUGGAGAGUUCAUAAACAGGAAUGUGUGAAAGGGUUAAAAGAAAUUUCAGACAGAUCGAGCAGUUCUGCUCUGUUUCCUGAAUUCAAGUUAAUUACUGAGACAGAAGAAUGUGAUGUGAUCGAUGAUGAGAAUGAUGCAGAAGAGGUGAAGUACGAGGAGAUCAACAGGCAAAGUGAACAGCAGUCUGGGGAGAGUUUUCUGAGUGGAGAACUGGAAAAUAUGGCAUUGUCGGAAUCAGAGGAGGAUAAAGUUUUUCAAAAGUUCAAAUGCAAGAUUGAUCGUGAUCCUGAUCAGGUUUUGCGCUAUCAGAAAGGUGGUGAACCUUUGUGGGUAAGCAGUAAACAUAUACCCUCACCUGACGAUAUACCAGCAUGCAGCUGUGGUGCUAAGAGGCAAUUUGAAUUCCAGGUAAUUAUAUAUUCUUCGCAACUGCUGAACCAUCUGGGUGUGGACAAUUUAGGGGAGAGCCUAGACUGGGGGACCCUGGCUGUGUACACGUGUGCAGUGAACUGUGACAUUGGGGACAGUUAUGCUGAGGAAUUCUUAUGGAAACAAGACUUUCAUCAGGACACAAGAUGA